AUGGCAUCGUUAUCAUCAAUGCUAAAAGAACAUCAGCUGAAGCAGAUUAAGAAACGAGAAGAAAUAGAACAAAAAAGAAAUGCCGCAGUGGCAAGUUCCGUUCAUUUUACCACCAAAGUAGUGAACCACCUAAAUGAUGGAAUUGCGCAAACGUACCUCAAUCAACGAAAAUUGGACUCUGAAGCAAAGCAGCUGGUUGCAAAUAUCGAUCAAUUUUCUCGCUCAAUCAACCAAUGGCUAACACUGAUGAACGGAUUCAACGACUCUUUAAAACAACUUGGAGAUGUGGAGAAUUGGGCGAAGGUAAUAGAAAACGAUAUGAAAGAGAUUUCUUGCAUAUUGGAGUAUGUUUACAAGAACUCGAGCAACUCGACAUCAAUUGAACGAUGA